UCCAAAUAGCACCUGAGCUAGUUCAACAGGUAUGACGGUCAAAGGAAAGAGGGAGGAUUGUGCAAAGAGGUGGAGACCCGUUGCUUAUGUUAACUAACAGAUUAGUCUCAGAAAGGACUGAGGUAGACAGAAAGGACUGAUUGCACUCCUCUCAUGCUGCUUUACUGAAUGCACACCUAGUCUGGAAUAUGUGCUUCUGGAGCCAGGCGAACAUCUGGGUUCAACUGCUCUUCAGCUCAUAGGUUUCUCUGUUCAACACUUCCCUUUUUUCUUAAUCUGUUCCUCUGGAUCUAAGGCUCUACAUAAUGAGUGAUGGCAAAGAGAAACCCCAUGGCAGCAAAAAAGGGCCCAACGUCAAGCCGAAGCUUGACAGCAAGGGCAGCUUCAACCUGGGAGCUUCAGAGCAAAGACAGAGACAGAAGUCUCUUAGGAGAAGCCGCAGCAAUGAAGCAGAAAACCGGCGUCGAGAAAGUAGCCGAGGUAGAGAACAGGGCAAGAAAGAGGGAGGAAGGCAUCAACGGGGUCGCAGCGAGGAAGGAAGGAGGCGAGACCGUGACCCUGAGUCUGGACACCACAAGACAGCGCAACCCAGAGAUGACCUGCAGGACACAGAGUGCAUUGUGUGCUUCUGCAGCUUCGACAACGUCUUCAAAGCUCCAAAGUUACUCUCCUGUGGACACACGUUCUGCUUGGAAUGCCUGGCACGCAUCAACGUAAAUUCUCCAGAGAUCAAGACGUUGUCUUGUCCGAUCUGUCGGGAGCUGACGGAAAUCCGACACGGCCGAGAUCUACCACAGUUGGGAAAUAACGAAGACAUCUUCCGCAAACUUCCGGCUGAGAUGCAGCGGGCGCUUUCUGUGCGAUUUAAACGCAGCAAGGGCAAACUCAUUCUCAAGAAUCCUCCACCAAACAGCUCUGUUAGGACCUCCUUAAAUUUGCCGGUGUUGAAGAAGAAAGAGGAGCAGGCCGGCGGUAACCCGCUUGGAGUCAUGGAGGAAGGUCUUGGCCAGGCAACUAUGAUCGAUGUGGGAAGGCCGCCAAGCAGGAUGAGGGGUCGCAUGAGAAGGAUAAUGUAUUCCAAUCAGUGCUAUUAUGCCGUUGUUGCAGCCAUCAUCACAAUCACUGUUGCUUUAAUGCUGGUGGGAAUCUUCACCUUUGUGGUGAUGCCCUUUAUGCAUAGCAGACCAAUUAGACCAUUACAGAACCAAACUUCUCCAGAUACUACGCCUUGAGAGAUGAGGAAACUGACAGCGCUCAGGAAGGAUGAUUGGCAAAGCAAAACAAGCAAUUCUUGGUGGAGCCUGUUACAUUGAACACAACA